AUGAACACCAAGAUUGUAGUAUUCAUCUGCGCGGUAGGCAUUGCCUCCGCUAGCAUUGGACCAGUACCAGUAGCAGCCCGAGUUGACCCAUUACCUCAAUACUCAUUCGGCUAUGACGUGCAGGACGCUCUGACUGGGGACUACAAAGGGCAUCAGGAACACAGGAAUGGUGACCUUGUAACCGGAUCUUACUCAGUGGUAGACCCCGAUGGUACAAGGAGGAUAGUGGACUAUGCCGCAGAUUCCCUCAAUGGUUUCAACGCUGUUGUCCGCCGUGAGCCUUUAGUUGCUGCAAAGUUCAUAGCCCCAGCGCCUGUAGCACCGGUGGCACCGGCACCAGUGUUUGCUCCGGCACCAGCACCAUUUGUCGCCCGAGCACCUGUGGCAGCUCCACUGUUUGCCCCCGCGCCAGCUCCCUACAUAGCCCGUGCACCCGCACCUUACGUAGGCCCCGCUCCAUACGUAGCUCCCGCCCCUGUGUACCCGGCACCCAUCGCUAGGGCACCCCUCUAUGCACCUGCACCCGCCCCUUUAUAUGCUCCCAGGCUAACUAGCCCCUACUACUGGUAG